GGUGCUGUGUCUCCUGCAGUGCUGCUCAUUCCUUCAGUGGACGCGUUGCCUUGCACAGCUCCCGGUGUGUGUGCGCCUCGUACCCACCAUGCUGCUCUCUGUCUCCUCUCUCCCCAGGCCAACAUCCUGCAAAUGAUGGAGGAUAACAAGCAGCUGGCCCUCAGAAUAGAUGGGGCCAUACAGUCCGCGAGCCAGGAGGUAACUAACCUGAGAUCUGAGCUGACGGCCACCAACAGGAGACUGGCUGAGCUGAACAGUGCGGACCCCUGUGUCAUGGAGAACAACCAGCACAACACACAAGGUUUGGAGUAUGGCAACAUGAAGCUGAGCAGAUCUGGUACGCUACAAAUGCAAGACAAAUACACCAACGGAUUGCUGCUAAGGGAGGAGGUGUCACAGCUGCAGGAUGAGGUCCACUUGCUCCGACAAAUGAAGGAAAUGUUAGCAAAGGACCUGGAGGAGUCGCAUGACAGCCGGUCGGCAGAGGUACUCUCUGUUACGGAGCUCAAGGUGCAGCUGGUGCAGAAAGAGCAGGAGUUGGCACGGGCAAAGGAGGCCCUUCAGGCCAUGAAGGCCGAUCGCAGACGUUUAAAAUCGGAAAAAGCAGAUUUAGUAAGCCAAAUGGAACAGUUAUAUUCAACCCUGGAAAGCCGAGAGGAGCAACUGCGCGACUUUAUCCGGAAUUAUGAGCAACAUCGAAAGGAAAGUGAAGAUGCAGUCAAGGUUUUAGCGAAAGAAAAAGAUCUUUUGGAGCGGGAAAAGUGGGAACUGCGGCGCCAGGCCAAGGAAGCAACAGACCAUGCCAGUUCUCUUCGGUCACAGUUGGACUUGAAGGACAAUCGGAUCAAAGAGCUUGAAGCUGAGCUAGCAAUGAUAACAAAGUGUGUUGCCCAGAGAAAGGAAUAUCGUGUUUUUGAUCACUACAUUGAAAAGGAGCCCUCCACAAGAGGGAUAGCGGCCAAGCAGUCUUUAGCUACCCUUACUAAAGAUGUCCCCAAGCGACAUUCACUUGCUAUGCCAGGUGAAACCGUCUUAAAUGGAAACCAGGAGUGGGUAAUGCACGCGGAUCUCCCGCUUACUGCAGCCAUCCGUCAAAGCCAGCAAACGCUGUACCACGGGCACCCGCAGCAUACUGUCGAUCGGCAAGCUGUCAGAGUAAGCCCUUGUCAUUCGAGACAGCCAUCAGUAAUCUCCGACGCUUCUGCCGCAGAGGGCGACAGGUCGUCAACACCGAGUGACAUCAACUCGCCGAGACACCGAACACAUUCCCUCUGCAAUUCUUUAGAAGACUUGGAAGACCAGAAGAGGAAGAAGAAGAAGGAAAAAAUGGGUUUUGGGUCCAUUUCAAGAGUUUUUGCAAGGGGAAAACAACGGAAGUCCUUAGACCCUGGUCUUUUUGAUGGUACUACACCUGACUAUUACAUUGAAGAGGAUGCGGACUGGUGACUGUCGCUGGAAUCUGCUUAUUCUGUGUGUGUAUAUGUGAAAGGGUGUAUGUGCCCGUUUACAAAGUCCGAAGCAGUCAAGUGAGCCUUUUAUUCUAUUUAGUAGGACUUUCUGUUUUCUUUUAAUUUUCAUUUGCAUCGCAGAUUCUGUAAUUGUACAUAAAGAGUGUAUAGAGAUGUUGAUUGUUGUCCUUUUUGCGAUGCUGAUGUAUUGUAACUUUUGUCUUUACUGGAUUUAUUAUAAUUUUUGUGGUCUUUUAUUUGGGAAGUGGGUCAAAUUAUUAUUUUUUUUCCUUUUUUGAAACUUGAAAAACUACUGUGUAUUUGUACAUAACAGAAACUGUGCACUUUGUGCUUGUAGUGUCUUGUCCUGAACGCUAUUUUAUUUUUUAUUUUUUAAACCCAUAGUGUGAUGCAUUCUGUAUCUGCAAUGUUUUGAAUGACAUUAUCCUGUUUCAGGGGUGUGCCAGUGCUUUGUAAAGAAAAGAGAAAAAAUAUAUAUAUACAUCUCUUUAUUCAGGAAGUUUAACCGACUUUCUUGAAUGAAGUAUUUAGAUAUAUUAUUUUGCUUACACACAGGGCAAGACAGCCAGGCCUAAACCAAUAUGCUGCCUAUCAGUCCAUUUAGCAUUAGUGACGUCAGUGCAGCACAGAGUGUUUCAGCGACGUCACUAUUACAAGGAUAGGUUGCUUUGGGUUCAGACCACUGCUACCUGCACUGUGAGGGUAGAAGUCACUCUUUAAACUUUUAAUGCCUGCCAGACAAAAUCUUUUUCCUUUCUUUUUAAGUUUUUUGUACUUUUCUUUUUUUGUAUUUAUUUGCAUAAAUGCACAAAGUUGUUAUAUCUAAAUUAUAAAAAAGAUAAAUGUUGAAGUUCUAUUUUUCCUAAAGGAUGAAGGGUAUUCAUAUCAUAUGUGUUCUAAAGCUGCGGCCCCUCCCUGUCAUCAGUGCAUCGGGUGAGUGGGCUCAGUCACAUUUUUAAUGCAGCUCAACCAAAAUCGCACGAAUAAAUUUUAAUUUUCACUUGGUUAUGUCUUCCAUAAUCCAACUGUUACCAUAUUCACAGUAUUUAAUAUUUUGUUAUUCUUAUACAAUACUUAGAUUUUGAUCAUCGGGUGUACUUUAUUACUGUUAAGUAAUGCACAGUUUUGACAUUUUUUUUGGUUUUGUUUCUUUUUAUUGAUCACUGUUUAAUUGCUAAUCAUGUUUUAUAAUAUAGGCAGGCACUUAAAAUGCACCUCUUACUCUCAGCUUGGGAGGCUUUAUUAAUGUGGGUGAGGACUAUCAAUUCACCAAGGACCAAUGUAUCUGGUCAAGUCCUGGGAAUUGAUAUCUUCCCAGUAAGGGGGUAUGUGCACUUUUAAGUUUCUGCCCCCAGAAGGCUAGAUUUAUAUACCAUGUUUUAAAUCAAAUUUUUA